GGCCGCGGCGGGGUCCUGGCCGGGGAGGACAGGCUUGCGGCGGGCGGAACGGUGUCUCCUUCACUUCGCCCUCCAGCCGCGGCAGCUGCAGCCCGAGAGCCUGCGAGCCGAGCGGCCCGAGCUCCGAGCGGCGCGGCGGCCCCCUCCGGAGACCCCCAGAUCACCUCCUCCCGCGGCCUCGCCAUGGCGGCCUACGGAUCGGGCUGCAAGCGGCAGAUGUGUGUACCCCCCGCAUACUGUGACCUUGGCAAAGCCGCCAGAGAUAUUUUCAACAAAGGAUUUGGUUUUGGGUUGGUGAAGCUGGAUGUGAAAACAAAGUCCUGCAGUGGCGUGGAAUUCUCAACAUCUGGUUCAUCUAAUACAGACACUGGUAAAGUAACUGGGACCUUGGAAACCAAAUAUAAAUGGUGUGAGUAUGGUCUGACCUUCACAGAAAAAUGGAACACUGAUAACACUCUGGGAACAGAAAUUGCAAUUGAAGACCAGAUUUGUCAAGGUUUGAAACUGACGUUUGAUACCACUUUUUCACCAAACACGGGAAAGAAAAGUGGUAAAAUCAAGUCUUCUUACAAGAGGGAGUGUAUAAACCUUGGUUGUGAUAUCGAUUUUGAUUUUGCUGGGCCUGCAAUCCACGGUUCAGCUGUCUUUGGCUAUGAGGGCUGGCUCGCUGGGUACCAGAUGACCUUUGACAGUGCCAAGUCAAAGCUGACGAGGAAUAACUUUGCAGUGGGCUACAGGACCGGGGACUUCCAGCUACAUACUAAUGUCAAUGAUGGGACAGAAUUUGGAGGAUCGAUCUAUCAGAAAGUCUGUGAAGAUCUUGACACCUCAGUAAACCUUGCUUGGACCUCAGGUACCAACUGCACUCGCUUCGGCAUUGCAGCUAAAUACCAGUUGGAUCCCACUGCUUCCAUUUCUGCAAAAGUCAACAACUCUAGUUUAAUCGGAGUGGGCUACACGCAGACUCUGAGGCCUGGUGUGAAGCUCACACUGUCGGCGCUGGUGGAUGGGAAAAGCGUCAACGCUGGGGGGCACAAGCUUGGGCUGGCCCUGGAGUUGGAGGCUUAACCCAGCUGGAAGGAACCUCUGGGAAAGGGCGUCAGAUUCGGCCUUAAUAUAUUUCCAGUGCGACCAGCAGGGUUCUCUAUUCCCCCUCCCCCCCAAGAAGGUGAUCAAAACAAAAAAUGAUCUAAAUCUAAACAAGAA